AUGUGGCGACCAGGUGUGAGACUGUUGUCCAGCAUUACCAAAUUCGACACCAAGAAGUUUGUAGUAUCACUCAAGAACGGCGGAUUUACACCUGAACAAGCUGAAACAGCUGUAAAUAUCGUUAAUCGUGCCGUCAAUGACGGCAUAUAUGCCAUCACAAAGAACCUUGUGAACAAGGAAACGUUAUCGUCGACGGCGUACCAGCAAAAAGUCGACUUUGCCAAGCUCAAGGGAGAAUUACAGACCAUGGACAAAUCAGAAUUUAACAAUUUGAAGAAAGAACAAGAGAAUCUACGAACCGAUUUGACCAAUUUAAAGAACAGAUUAAAGGAAGAAAUCACCCGAAGUCAAGCGGGUGUUCGUCUCGACUUGAAUUUGGAAAAGGGGAGAAUAAGAGAAGAGAGUUCGAUUCAUGAACUGAAAAUCGAAGAUACAUAUACCAGAAUUGACGAGGAGAUUGCCAACAUGCAAAUGCAAAUCAAGUCUGUGAAAACCCAGGUGAUGCAAUGGCUUAUCGGAGUGUCAUCGGGUACGUUUGCAUUAUUAUUGGCGUUUGUUCGGUUUUUUGGAUGA